AUGGAGAACGGCCUCCACUCGAACUCGAUCCUGUUCUACUUCGCCGAGUCGCCCUUCUUCGAUCGCACCUCCAACAAUGCCGUUAUCAUGAGCCAGGCACUCUACAAUCCCAAUAUGCGCGCUGUCAUUAGCACCCGCGAGGCCUUCGAGGACCGCCUGAGGAGCAUGGCCGGGCUAGAGUUCAUCGUGGCUCAGGAGCCGGCUGAGAUGGCUCCUGGGACAGGCACUGGUGUCUGGGUGAUCCGGAAGCAGACGCGAAGGAAGAGGCAAAGAGAUGAGUCUAUUCAAGAGGACGAGAUCACUGUUCAUGCGUCCUACUUCGUCGUGGGAGAGAAUAUCUACAUGGCGCCAACUUUCGCCGACAUCAUGAGCUCGAGGAUCGCGACAAUAUCCUCCUCCAUUGAAAAUCUCUUCACAUCCGCGAACAGCAUACAGAGAUGGACGCCAUCCAGGGGCCACGUAUACAAAACUCCCACCGUCCCACGCUCACAGGGUCUUGAACCGAGGGAGGCCACACCGAUGCCAGACGGUGCCGGCAAAGCUGGCCCACCCGCACAGAAGGCGAGCAAGACCGAGCUAGACUCUCGUCUUGCGGAAGAGUCGUUUGCUAUUCAUCUCCGGUUUGGAGGUGACUACAUGGACGAAAUCCCUAUCACGGGAAAACCAGGCGAGUUUCACUUUGCAUCGACCGGCCGGACAGAGAAGCUUGCAGUACCACAAACUGGAAAGUCAGGCGCAACCAACAGGCUGCCCACAUUAGACACAAAGGCGGCAGCGGAGAACCCCUUGACGAAGGACUCGAAGGCAGACAAGACCCCAAAGUCGAGCACCAUGCCUGGGAAACUCAAGCGUAGAAAGAGCAAGGGCGGUACUAUAACACCAUCGUGA